AUGUAUAUCAGCGGAUAUAAUAAUGGAGCAACAAUCCCAUCUGGAUAUGUAACACUGAAGAAUUGCAGCACAAUGAUUGUGGUAUGAUGAGGUGACACUAUUCAAGUACUUGAGUAUAAUUAAUUGCUUAAGCAAAUUUGAUUUCAAUUGUCCUGUAUUUUUAACUGUUCUUUUCAUUUUACUUUAUUUAAGCAAUUCAAUAAAUUAACAUGAGAAUAAAAUAUUACGAUAUGUAAAUUUUCAAAUUAUAGAGAUUUUUUAUUUAACAGUUGUGACAAUAAUUUUAGAUGUGAUUUGGUUUUUGAGUAAUUUAAAAAUAAAAAUGAUGAAAUAUUCAAGUUAAGAAGCCUCAGAAUCUUUAGAAUAUUUAUAAUGGAAUUCGUAUUAUGGACUUCAUAUAAUGGAAUUGAUACUUUCAUCAUUAAUAUGUUUAUUCAAAGUAAGGUGAAUUGAUAUUAAUUUAAGAUCCCUUUCAUAUAUAAAUGUUGGUAAUUGAGUAAUUGA